CAAAUAGUGUCUAUGUGUGUAGAGGGUGGGGGUAGUAGACACGACAGCAGUGAUUGGCCAGUCAUUUCUCCCACUGUCUGAGGACUGAUUCGAGUGUUUGGACGCAGUAAACUAGAACUUUCUUUGGUAGCGAGUAGGGCAGUAAGGUUUACGAUUUAGCUGGAUUACAGUAGCGAAGAGGUUGGACUGGCUUUUGGACAGUCCUGUUGUGGGUAUAACAAAAACAAAGGAUAAGGAAAUAAGGUCGAUCUGGAUUUGCUACACUUAUAAUUGAACUCAUCUUAGACCCUUUAAAAUACCAUGGCUCACUUCAACAAAGGACCAACUUAUGGUUUGUCUGCUGAGGUAAAAAAUAAGAUUGCCCAGAAGUAUGAUCCUCAAAAAGAAGAGGAGCUCCGAUUUUGGAUAGAAGAGGUUACAGGCAUGUCAAUUGGAGAGAAUUUCCAGCAAGGCCUUAAGGAUGGUGUUAUUCUCUGCGAGCUCAUAAAUAAAUUGCAACCUGGAUCAAUAAAGAAAAUUAACCAUUCCAAGCUAAACUGGCAUCAGCUUGAAAACCUUGGAAAUUUUAUUAAAGCGAUCCAGAUCUAUGGAAUGAAGCCACAUGAUAUUUUUGAAGCAAAUGACCUGUUUGAGAAUGGGAACAUGACCCAAGUUCAAACUACACUCCUUGCACUGGCUAGUCUGGGAAAAACCAAAGGUCUCGAAACAAAGGUCGACAUUGGUGUUAAAUAUGCAGAAAAACAAGAAAGACAGUUUGAUGAAGAGAAAAUGAAGGCCGGCCAGAGUGUCAUUGGGCUACAGAUGGGAACCAAUAAAUGUGCCAGUCAAUCAGGCAUGACUGCCUAUGGGACCAGGAGACACCUUUAUGAUCCAAAAUUGAACACUGAUAAGCCUUAUGACCAGACAACCAUAAGCCUUCAGAUGGGAACUAACAAAGGUGCUAGUCAGGCAGGUAUGCUGGCACCAGGUACAAGAAGAGAUAUAUAUGAUCAGAAGGUGCUACAGCAACCAAUGGACAACUCUACUAUCUCUUUACAGAUGGGAACCAAUAAAGUAGCCUCUCAAAAAGGAAUGAGUGUUUAUGGGUUGGGUCGGCAGGUGUUUGACCCAAAGUACUGUGCUGCUCCAACCGAACCAGUCAUUCACAAUGGAAGUCAAGGAACAGGAACAAAUGGCUCAGAAAUUAGUGACAGUGACUAUCAAGUUGAAUACCCAGAUGAAUAUCCUGGGGAGUAUCAUGAUGACUAUCAAAGAGAAUACUGUGGGCAGUACAAUGAUUCGGGCAUUGAUUAUUAGUAUUUAACCACUUGCCAAAGUGCAGUAUUAUCCCAAUAUCAUUGAAGACCAAACUAGCCUUGAGUAAUCAUACGUGUCUUCCUUACUCGUAAGUGGGACCCUGUUUUGAAACAGAUGCAGAAUAAGAAGUCCAGUUUUGAAAAUGGGACCCCAUGUCUUCAGCAUCCACUGAAAUGAAUUUUGCCUUGUCAGCAUUCUCCUUUACUUCAGUACUGUUUUUAGUAUAAAUCAUAGCAGAUGUUGGCCACAGUCUUAAAAUAUAACCCGUUUAUCUUAACAGUUAAUUAUGAAGUCAGAAAUACUGUGAAUAGUCAAGUGUUUGCUUUAAAGCCAGUUCUUUUAAAUUUAGAGUGAUUCAUUUUUACAGCACAUCUAGAACAUAAGUAAUCACAAAAGACCUUUUAGAUUAAUAUAACAAAUUAGCUGUUCUCACUCAUAUAGAAAAUACAGUAAUACUUUACAAAGUUAUUAUAUGGAACCCAUCAUGUAUAUUUUCUGAUGGGAUAAGCAAAAAGAAAUGUUCAUAAUCUUCUGGAAAUAGAUUAUUGGAUUGUUUUAAAAAAAAAUCACUGGAAUAUUGUGUGAAAAUGAAUGUUUCUACUGUCUCGUUUCAUUCUUUCAUAUCAGUUGUUUAUCUUGACCAUAAUAUUGGUUAUUGCCCUUUUAGGUCUGAAUUUGAAAAGGGAGUUUGUAUGCAUAGCGUUCCUUCAGUUCUCAUUUUAUUUCUUUAGACAGUGUACUUUGUAUGUGCCAUAAUGUAUCCAUUUAGGAGAGCUCUUCUGAAUUGUAUUUAUUGCAGCAUUCCUCAGCAUAAAAUUGAUCUUUUGUGUAUUUUUUUAAAUAAACUUGGUAUAAAAUUUCUUGGAGAAACUUAA